AUGUCAGGGGAGGAGAGAUGGUGUGUGGUGACAGGAGGCAGGGGAUUUGCCGCACGCCAUUUAGUAGAAAUGCUAAUUCGAUACGACAUGUUUUCUGUUCGUAUUGCCGAUUUGGAACCCGAAAUUACCCUAAACACGGAGGAGCAAAAUGGAGUCCUCGGUCACGCCUUGAAAUCUGGCCGUGCAAAGUAUGUCUCUGCGGAUCUUCGUGACAAAGCUCAAGUACUCAAAGCUACUGAAGGAGCUGAGGUUGUGUUCCACAUGGCAGCUCCCAAUUCGUCUGUUAAUAGCCAUCAGCUUCACUACUCUGUCAACGUUCAAGGAACAAAGAAUGUAAUUGAUGCAUGUGUAGAGCUAAAAGUGAAGAGACUUAUCUAUACAAGCUCAGCUAGUGUGGUUUUUGAUGGAAUUCAUGGAAUCAUUAAUGGAGAGGAGUCAUUGCCAUAUACAGAUAAGCCUCUCGAUUCGUAUUCAGCAACUAAAGCAGAAGGUGAGGCUGCUAUUCUUAAGGCAAAUGGAUUAAACGGACUAUUAACGUGUAGUUUACGGCCUAGCAGCAUAUUUGGACCUGGAGAUAGGUUGUUUGUUCCAUCUUUGGUUGCUGCUGCAAGGGCUGGGAAAUCUAAGUUCUUUGCAUUUACAGAUGCAUUUGUGUUCAUGAUUGGUGAUGGCAAUAACAUUUAUGAUUUCACAUAUGUUGAAAAUGUGGCACAUGCUCACAUAUGUGCCGAUCGAGCUCUGGCAGCAGAGCAGGAGGUUGCAGAGAAAGCUGCUGGGCAGGCAUAUUUUAUAACCAACAUGGAGCCCAUCAAGUUUUGGGAAUUUACAUCACUUGUAUUGGAAGGCCUUGGCUAUGAGAGGCCUAGAAUAAAGAUUCCUGCCUUUGCUGUGAUGCCGAUUGCGCAUGUGAUAGAGUGGAUAUAUAAGAUAUUUGGCCCAUAUGGGAUGAAAGUUCCGCAGCUGAUACCUUCAAGAAUUAGACUCCUCUCUUGCAGCAGAUCUUUUAAUUGUUCAAAAGCAAAGGAUAGACUUGGCUAUGCACCUAUUGUAACACUUGAGGAAGGCUUGAAAAGGACGCUUGAGUCAUAUCCACACUUAAGGGCUGAAAAUCAACCUAAAAGAGAAGGGCCAUCUAAGGCCUCCAUAUGUCUUGGAAGUGGAAGAGUUGCUGAUACACUACUUUGGAAGGAUAAAAAACAGACAUUGAUGACACUGUUAGUUCUGGUUGCAAUUUAUUACAACUUCAUUGCAUCUCAAUCAACCAUUGUUACUGCUGCUUCAAAGCUUCUCUUGGUGGUAUCAGUCUUCCUGUUCAUCCAUGGCAAUUUACCAGAGAAAAUGUUUGGAUAUACAGUAGAAAAAAUUCCGGUGUCAUAUUUCCACUUGUCAGAGGAGAGGUCGCACCAAAUUGCCCUUUCAGUGGCUUCAUCAUGGAAUGCUGCUGUUUAUGUUUUAAAAUCUGUUUGCAAGGGAAAUGACUGGUCAUUGUUCCUCAAGGUAUUUGCUGUUCUUUACAGAGAUGCUAAACUGAUAGUGUUAGAACAGAUGUUUUCGUGUUAUGAAAGUAAGCUUCAGUCUGAUACAUGUUAUGUACCAUUUGCUAAGUUUUUCCAUGGAAUGAAACAGGUGGUUAUAUCGCUAUUGAUCCUUAGCUUCCUUGGAGCCAUUUCAUUGCAGACCUUAUUUGUUAUAGGACUUCCUGUUGCUUUUGCUGCAUUCUAUUUGUAUGAGAAAAAUGAACAAGCAAUUGAUUCUAUGUUUUUGGAAGCUCUCUCUUUGGGGUGCAAAUUGAAAUCUGAUAUCACCAAAAAGCUAGUUGGUUUCAAGAAGAAUGAUUAA